UGGUUAAGUUAAACGUCGGCUCAGCGUCUGUCAAACUGCGGUCCUGGUCCUCUCAUCCAUCCUCUCAGAGCAGCUGCAGCUCCGAUAUGACUAAGAGAAGCCCGUCUCUUCAGCUUGUCAAAAGGAUGCUGAACCAUCACUGCAGAAGGAACCCUGAGCUUCAUGAGGAGCUGCAGAUCCAGGCAGCAGUGGCAGCAGGGGAUGUCUGCACGGUCCGCAGAAUGCUGGAGCAAGGAUACUCCCCUAAGAUCCGCGAUGCCAACGGAUGGACACUGCUCCACUUCUCUGCUGCCAAGGGAAAAGAGAGAUGUGUUCGGGUCUUUCUCGAGCAUGGCGCUGACCCCACAGUGAAGGACUUCAUUGGAGGCUUCACAGCACUUCACUACGCUGCUAUGCACGGCAGAGCGCGCAUCGCGCGGUUGAUGCUGGAACUGGAGUUUCGCAGUGACAUUAUAAAUGCAAAGAGCAAUGACGGCUGGACGCCACUGCACGUGGCCGCCCAUUACGGCCGAGACUCGUUUGUACGCCUCCUCCUCGAGUUCAGGGCCGAGGUGGACCCGCUGAGUGACAAAGGGACCACACCCCUCCAGCUGGCAAUCAUCCGUGAGCGCUCCAGUUGUGUACGGAUCCUUCUCGACCACAGUGCCAACAUUGACAUUCAGAAUGGCUUCCUGCUGCGAUAUGCCGUCAUAAAAGGAAAUCACACGUACUGCCGCAUGUUCCUGCAACGGGGCGCGGACACUAACCUGGGACGUCUUGAAGACGGCCAAACACCCCUUCACCUCUCGGCCCUCAGGGACGAUGUGUUGUGCGCCCAGAUGCUCUACACAUACGGGGGCGAUGCCAACACCAGGAACUACGAGGGCCAGACUCCAGUAGCAGUUUCUGUUAGCGUGUCUGGGAUCAGCAGGCCCUGUCUGGACUUCCUUCAAGAAGCCACCAGACAACCUCGGAGCCUACAAGACUUGUGUCGUAUAAAGAUCCGUCACUGCAUUGGCCUUCACAGCUUGAAGUUGUUGGAGGAUCUACCCAUUGCAAAGGUUAUGAAAGACUAUUUGAAACAUAAGUUUGACAACGUGUGAAAGCAAAACUCUGCCAACAUUUAUAAAGACUAUGCAAUCUCUACCCUCUAAAUCUGUCCAGCCUGGAUCUCCAGUUUAACGGAUCUCUAUGUUUGCGUUUCCACAUUAAGAACAGUGGCUGAAGAAUGGGAAUGGAUUUGUCACAAGAAGCUAGCAUUUAGCAUUAUUACAUUAAUGUUGCCACUGUAAAAACGUGCAUGGUUUUAUAACCAUCAUCAAAUGCAAAGUUGCCAACUCUUUAUCUUUUUUUUACUGAGCUGUAGGAAUCUAAACCAUCCAACCAGCUCUUACACUAACACUUUAAUUCAUUAUAGGGAAGUUUCACUCCCUGCAUUAGUAUUACCAUAAUAGUGAGUUCAACUUUGCUUGUUUUUGCUUGUUUUUUUGUUUUUCCCAUUUAAUUUAAUGCCAUUUUUUUAUUUAUUCUUUAUGAUGUGGUUAAUUUAGUAAAAUUCCUAAUUACAGCCUAAACAGCUUAUUACUUACUUGAAUUUCUAAAUUAGCCUCUUUUAGCAUACUGGAGUUGUACCCAUGACAGUGGUUUCCAUCAGGCUGUCAGCACAAAGAAUGGAGCUGAAGCUGGAGGCACGGGGGCCAAAGGAGAUUUUCUCAACACUAUUAUUGGUUGAUACUUGUGAGGGUGUAAACAAAAAUGACUAAUAAUCUGCAUCCAGCAUUUAUUAAACUCGUAACUUCCACAUGCUCAUCUUUGAUAGUGCUUGUACAUCAUAACAUCAACAUGUUACAUCAGCAAAGUGAGCUCACUGCUGGUUUGUUUGAAUUGUAUAUCAACAGUGAGCCAAAAGGACAUUUUCAGGUUUGGUGCUGUAUCAAAUUGUACAAGUCAAACGAAACACACACAACCAGAUUCCAUCAAACAAGUGUUUCCCUGAUAUGAGAGACUAGCUUGCACAAAUAUAUUUGUAUUUCAUAACCACAAGCAAGAAUCCAAGCUGCAGUUGAAAGGACUUUGAAAUAAUAAUCUGACUAUCCAUGUCUGCGCUGUGUGUUGGACAUUAGGAUCUGGAGUAUAGUUUCCACUAGGUUUACAGGGACACUUGACACGUCACUUCUCUGUCUGACACCAGCGAGAAGUUGUAAAUGUAAAAAAAAGAACAUUGAGACUUACCUGGGAGGGGGGGGGGGCUCUAUAACAGUGGAGUAGAUGCACUGUGAUAAAGUACCAUGUUUCCUCUAAAGCAGUGGUAUCAUGACUAGUGUUUCCCCUUGGU